AACAAUGAACCUGAUCCACUUUGACCUAUUUAGCUGGAAGUGAAGCGAUUUGACCAGGUCACUAAACGAACAGACCGGUUCCUCCAGGUCGGUACAGGAGAUAACUCGCAGCAGCAGAGGAGACGCACUUGACUUCCACCGUUGCAGCUGCGAGCAUGUCGCGCUUCGUCGUCCGACUCCUCCGGCAGGUUUCCCACCAGCCACGGACCAAAUUUGGGCUGGCACCGAGGAAAGUCCCGGCGGUUAUCCGAACUUUAACCACAACUCAAGGUGCGCAGUCUCUCACCAGGUACGACGAGAAAACAGACUGGCAGAAGAAACUGACCCCAGAGCAGUAUGUGGUGACCAGAGAGAGAGGAACUGAAGAGCCCUUCAGUGGACUUUAUCUCAAACAUUUUGAAGUUGGGAUGUACCACUGCGUUUGCUGUGACACCCCACUUUUCAGCUCAGAGACCAAGUACGACUCUGGGACGGGCUGGCCAGCAUUCAAAGAAGCACAUGGGACUUGGGAACGGGACGAAAGUCAUGCCUCCAUCAUUCGUCGCCCCGACAACAGCCUUGGUAGUGCCGGAACAGAGGUCCUUUGUAAAAAUUGUGACGCCCACCUGGGCCAUGUAUUUGAAGAUGGUCCAGACCCAACUGGUCAACGGUUCUGUAUCAACAGUGCAUCGCUCAAGUUUACUCCAAGACAAGACUAUAAACCAGAGAAGCCAGAGGAAUAAGGACCUGUGUAUUUUACAUGCUAAAAAUAAAUAAAUACUGUAUGUCAUAUGAACAUCAGAGAAAUUUUUCGUCCAACUAGAUAUCCUGCUGUCUGCUGAGCUAAAAUAAAGAUCCAUGUGUUUGUA